AUGAUCGUAGUCGAGUGGCAACAAGCUCCCAAUAAGGGAUCCGAAAGGGUCGCGCUAUUGGUGAAAGGGGUCCGCAUCCAAAGCGGUGCAAUCGUCGGUGCCCCCGCCUCAUCCCUGGGUCCCCCUGGGCCUGGGCAGGGCUCCGCUAUAAAAGCAUACUGCGUCGCCCCUCGAACACGUAGUGUUUCCCCGCGUAGCGCACAAGAAAAACUGACAUCACACACCAUGAAGUUCUUCAUUGUUUUGUUUGCUGUUGUGGCGGCCGUCAGCGCCGGAUACGAGCAAGUCUACCACGCGCAUUACAUCCCCCAGCAGCCCGCCAUCCCGCCCCCGCACCCGGGUCCCCUGCAUAUCAAGGGAAACGACCACGUUACUAGAAUACAUUAUGACGCUCCCCAUGUUGGACAUCCACAUCUCGUUGGCGUCGAGCAUUACGUAGCUGCCCCGGAACCCGCCAUCUCCGUCGUCAAGACGCACGGACACGGCUGGUAAACUAGGAACUCCGUUCUGACGAUGCCUCCCUCCCCCCCUGACUUGAAACCCAUUGGUCCAGAGAGUGGUCUAUACCGAAAUGGCAGUCAUCCCCGAGUCACAUCAAUCAUAUAACAAUGACAGCAGACAACUUCGUCGACGAUAUUAUCUGGUUUCUCCGCGAAUCCAAAUGUAUCCAAAUGUACCAAUUGAAGAGAAACAAAUAUAAGGCCAAGGAUCCAUCGACGAUCGUCAAAAUUUUGCAUCUCCGAGGAGUUUUUGGGAGCCUCAGGAGAGACGGAAAAUCACCGGACCACUCGCGGAUCGCAGACCAGGCAGCCAAACUCAAGAAUAAAAAAAAUUCGACUUGAUUUUUACCUUAGAGCUACAUAUGACACGCCUUUACACAAAUACACAUGGACACGAACACCCGAGUCUUUUUCUGUUCCUCCGUCUUCCCCAACACCGAAAUUCUCGUGCGGCAAUUGUGAUAUUGAAGAAGACAUCACAACAUCAGAGAGAGCGUAUUCCUCCCCUACCCCUCCAUUUCUCGGAUUCCAUCCUAUCUUUCUUCACUGUCCGCAGCAACACUUUUAUUUAUUUUCUAAUAAAAGUUGAUUUGUGUACGUCUUGUGAUAAACCAGGAA